UUAUUCAGAGCAAAAACAACGUAUUCAACUCUGGCACGGCCUUAGCUUCCAGUUCCACUUCCGUCUGAAUCUUCUGUCAGUUCUGAUCCCUUGACAGCGGCUCUCACCAAGAAUGAUAUGUCAUUGGGCAGUUGAGGUCAUGUGACAUUAGAAUUUGGCGGGGAAUACGCACGCCAUCUUGUUCGCUCUGAUUGUCAGCUUGAGUUCGCCACGAGGGAAAAUAAUUUUCACUUUUUGUCAUGUCUGGAUCGCCGAAAGAAAAUGAACCUUUCGACGACGCUGUCGAAGAAAGGAUUAUCAAUGAAGAAUACAAAAUCUGGAAAAAGAAUACACCGUUUUUGUACGAUUUGGUGAUGACCCAUGCACUGGAAUGGCCAAGCCUGACUGUACAAUGGCUACCUGACGUUACAAAGCCAGAAGGAAAAGAUUAUUCUGUACAUAGAAUCAUUCUUGGGACACACACGUCUGAUGAACAGAAUCACUUAGUGAUAGCAAGUGUUCAGGUUCCCAAUGAUGAUGCCCAGCUCGACACAAGCCACUAUGACAGUGAAAAAGGAGAGUUUGGAGGGUUUGGCUCAGUGAGUGGAAAAAUAGAAAUCGAAAUUAAGAUUAACCAUGAAGGUGAAGUUAACAGAGCUCGGUAUAUGCCACAAAAUCCAUGUAUGAUUGCAACAAAGACCCCAACAGCAGAUGUACUUGUUUUUGACUAUACCAAGCACCCUUCCAAGCCAGAUCCUAAUGGUGAAUGCCGUCCUGAUAUCCGACUCAAGGGUCACACUAAGGAAGGCUAUGGCUUGUCUUGGAAUCCAAAUCAGAAUGGCAAUCUUUUGAGUGCUUCAGAUGACUAUACUGUGUGUCUCUGGGAUAUCAGCAGCAUUGCAAAGGAAGCCAAAACACUGGAUGCAGCACGGAUAUUCACUGGGCACACAGCAGUUGUUGAGGUAUCUCAAUAUGUACUAUCUCCAGCUUAA